CCCCUUCUCAUCUGGUCUUCGCUCUCUUCCUCGUCGCGUCGUCCAUCCUUCCCGCCGCACUUCCGUCAGUCAGGAAGAUGCCGAUUGGACGAGGCGUGACGACAUGAUCACGUUUCCAUGGACUCGUCGCUGGACGUCGUCGAGCUCCGCGAGCUGACCGACGCUAACGGCGACGUUAGCCGAGGCUUCCGCAACGCUUCCUACCAGCCCGACCGCGAGCAACAGCGCCACCAGGGGGCGACCGGCGCCGCGCCUGACGCCGUGGGAAGCUGCGAGGACUCGUGCGUUCCGUCCCGCGACGACGAUGACUACAACGCGGUUCGGGACUCCGGCGCCGAGCGGACCGCACCUAACCGCGGCGGCGAGCGGCGCUCGUACGACUCGGGCCUGGCCCUGGCCGUGGUCCUUCUGGUGAGCGGCAUCGCGUUGGUCCUGGUGGCCUACGCCGUCCCCAGAGAGGCCCGCGUGAACCGCGACGCCGUGUCGGCCCGGCAGAUGGAGCAGUUGGAGCUGUACUACGCCCGGCUGGGCUCGCGCCUGGACAAGUGCAUCGUCGCCGGCCUGGGGCUGCUCACCCUGGGCGGCGUCUUCCUCUCCCUGCUCCUCACGGCGUCUGUGUGCCGGGGUCACGCCGCCGCCGCCGCCCUCCUCCCGCGCCGCCGGGCGCCCUUCGUCCGGCCCGCCAGGACGUACGGCUCCGUCCACGUGAGGAUGAAGCAGCUCGCCGCCGGGGAGGACCCGCCGCCGUCCGCCGCGCUGCCGAAGGAGUGACGCGAUACGCUACGUGCCCAAAAGUAUUGGGACACCCGCUGGGAGGGAAACGGCGACGUGUGGAAGUCGGACACAAAACGUGAAGAAAGCUCGGAAAGAGAACAAAAGUAUUGGAACAAAAACAAACCCCCCCCCAAAAAAAAUGGGGAAAAAAAAUGUGGUGAAAUUGUGGUACUUGGGGCAAAAAGUAGUGGGACGACAAAAGACAAGAACAUUUGGAAUUUGGAUCAAAGUACUGGAACAAAAAAGUGAAGAAAAUGUGGAUUUUGCUAGGAAAUGUGGAAAAAUUGUGGUCACUUGGACAAAAGUUUUCAGACACCCAAUAGAAGUAUAAAGUGAAGAAAAUUAGGACAAAAGUAGUGGGACAAAAAAGUGACAACGUUGCAGAAUUUAAGAGGGAGAAAAUGAUUGAGACAAAGAAGAAAAGAAAAUGGCAAAGAAAAAAUGUGACCAAAUUAUGCCAAUUUGGACACUCGCUGGAGGUGAAAAGUACAAAAAAAUUGGGACCAAAAAAAUAAAUAAUAAUAAUUUAGAAUUUGGACAAAAGAAUUGUGGCACAUUCAGGAAGUGAACAUUUUGUCAAACAUGGACUUUGAAGUAUGGGGCCCUUUCGUCCAACUUUCGUCCAUUUUGAGGCCACGGACGUGACUUGAACGCUCCGAGUGCCAAAAGAGAGCCUCGUCCCAAUACGUUUGUCUGAGCGCGCGACGCCUUGCGACCGUUGGAACGCGAAACAACAAAGACCUCGUCUUGACGCUUUGGUCCGUGCGGUGUUCGAGUUCGGGACAAAAGUCGGAAAUUGCGCACUCGAAUAUUGUUGUCGUUGUUCAUGUCUUGUAUAAGCGUAGGAUAAGCCUUAAAAACGUCUCAUCUAAUCAAACUGCGAUGUAAUGGGAGCACACACACACACACACACACACACACACGCACACAAACUUGUGUCAACCUCCAAAGUGGAACGCCCCAAAAGUGGUACAAUUUGAAGGUCACGCAAAUCCCACUUGUUUUUCUUGUACUGUGUGUGAUUGGGUUUUAAUUGCGUCUUGCAUGUUUGGUGUAAUUAGGGCCCAACAAGUAUGUUUUUGGUUUUUUUAGCCGAUAUUUGGCAAAUAAAAUGAUAAGUGAUUAAUCAGGCAAUUAAUUUAUAAUGUAUAUAUAAUGAAGAAAAUAACUUCUCUUUUAGUGGUCCUUGAAUUACAGACAUAAUAUUUGACUCUUUUACUAUACUUUGCCCGUUAGCAUUUGCUUAACUUUACAGAGAUAAAAAUAGGGAAAAAUCAUCCAAUUUUAUUGCUGAUUUGUAUUUUUUAAAUUUUUGUUUGAAUGACAGAUGGGUCUUAUGUCGUAAUGUGUGAAAAAAAAAAAGAAGAAACAACGGGGGAUUUUUGCUGAUUUAAAAAGGGCUAACAUCGGCCGAUUGCCGCUUAAGUCACCUUAAUUUUGUGCUGCCAUCUUGGCCAGAGCAAUUUGAAUUAGAGGUUUUAAUACCAUUUUUUUUCCUUGGCAAAAUAAAGAAUUUUGAUAUUGACCAAUUGAAAUCUCGUAGGGUACCCGUGACGAUAACCACAGAGCAGGAACCAUUUCUUAUUCCUGAUACAAACACGUCAAAAAGUCCUGUUACGACGACGCUUAAGAAUGUUUCAAUGUGACUUCAAACGCAGCCAGUUAGCAAAGGUGCUACCACGGUGACAAGUUUGAGCCUGUCUCAGAUUUGUUUUCACGAUAUUUUGUGAUCUGAACUUGGUCAUGUUCCAUUUUCGAGAUUCCGCUGUAUAAUCUCACGACUCUAUGACUCACUAAAACGAAAAACGUUUUUUUUUUUAUUUGUUUGAAGAAGCUAAUGCUAGCAGGCUAGCAGACACCUAACACCUCGAAGACAUUUUUAUUGUUGGUUUUUUUGCGUGUAAAAAGCUCAUUAUGAUGAAGUAAAAAUGCUAAAGUUGACAUUUGCUGUUACUUGACAUACAUGAACUUGGUGGUGGUUGCCAUGGACACUGUCAAUUUAUCUACAUUGAUUACUACAUUGUAGUAAUCAAUGUAGAUUGAUUAGUAACGCACUUGGUUUGGUUUUUUUAAUGGGAAAUUCCCAAUAUCUGAACAGCGAACUUCACAAACGAGGAGAUAUUUUAUAUAUUUCCCUCCUCUUGCCCCGUUUCUUCACUGAUUCACACCAAAACUAUUUUUUUUUUUAAUUUUAUUUUUUUUAAACACUCUUCAAAAUUACAACUGCGUUUAUGGCAAGUUGCUAGGUUUCGUCAUGGAGUACCGUCCGGACUCUGAUUGGCGAGCGGGCGGGAAACGGCGGCCUGCACACGGGAAGCGGCUACAUGAACAUGUCGUCGUAGCCCGGCGGGGGCAUGUGGUCCGGGUCGGGUCUGGGGGAAACACCGCGAGGCUUCGUCAGAAUAACGGUACCCCCGCACCCCGAGGGGCACAUGCAAGGCGGCGGCGCGUCUCACCCGGGUCGGUGGCGUCCCACGGGGCCGAACGGGUCGAAGCGGGCGCCGGGCGGCACCGCGCCAGGAGGCAGGAUGUCCGGGAUGCCGCCGGACGGGUGGAAACCGGAGCGAGGGUAGCCCAUCCGCAGAGGGUCCGCGAUCAUCCCGCCGCCCGACACGGAC